CUUUUUUUUUUUUUUCAUUAAUCGAUUUAUUGCAGUAAAAAACUUCUUUUUUUCCACAUCCGUUUUCCAUAAUAUACUUUGUUCACAGCGACAGCAAAUAGUUGUGCCUUACAUACUUACCAUGACUACUACAACAGUAACGACAGUGGCAUCCGUGGUGGGAAAUAAAUUUGGUAGUUCCUACAGAUUAGGUGCAAAAAUAGGAUCAGGUUCUUUCGGGGAGAUACAUUUGGGUAUAGAAGAGGCAUCUGGAGAAGAGGUUGCAAUAAAGCUCGAGAAAACAACAGCAAAGCAUCCUCAACUUGAAUAUGAAUACAAUGUUUACAGAGCUAUUGCAGGCGGAAUCGGCAUUCCAAGGGUGCGACUGUUUUCAAAAGAAGCAAGCUAUCAUGGUCUUGUUAUGGAGAAACUAGGGCCCUCUUUGGAGGAGCUUUUCAAUCAUUGCAAAAGAAAAUUUUCAAUGAAGACAGUUUUAAUGCUUGCUGAACAAAUGCUUGCAAGAAUUGAAUAUUUGCAUACAAAAAGAUAUAUCCAUCGAGAUAUCAAGCCAGACAACUUUCUGAUGGGCUUGAAUUCAUCCAAUUAUUUGGUUAAUUUAAUUGAUUUUGGACUAGCAAAAAGAUAUAGAGACAAUAAGAACGCACAUAUUCCACCCAAAGAAGGUAAAAGCCUGACAGGGACAGCAAGGUAUGCUAGUGUUCAUACGCACUUGGGAAAAGAACAGUCGCGAAGGGACGAUUUGGAGUCUCUUGGUUACGUGCUUAUUUACUUCUACCAAGGACAACUACCCUGGCAAGGCCUUAAAGCGAAAACGAAAAAGCAGAAAUACGAAAUGAUCAGUGAACUAAAGCGAUCUAUACCUUUAGAAGAACUAUGCAAAAAUAUGCCUCGCGAAUUUGUCAUUUAUAUUGAUUACACGCGAAAACUUACCUUCGAAGGACAACCAAACUACAAUUUUUUGCGCGACUUAUUCAGAACAAUAUCAUUGAGAGAAGGCAUCAAGCUUGAUUUGGUUUACGACUGGACUACAAGAAAUAACGGCAAUGGUAGUGGUUACAGAUAUAGAAAUGGUGUAAAUAACAGCCAUCACGCUCGACCAUGACAGAAGAUACUUUUUACAACUCUUGCUACUUAGGUUAUGAGAGCAUCUUUUUUUUUUGUUAGUACUGUUAAAGCAUGUCAUCUUUCUUGCGAUCUACAAAUAUACAUAAACAAAUGUUAAAAAAGUUAUAAACUGUCUCCGCUCAAGCACCUACAGUUCUUCCAGAUCAUCCAAAUCGAUAGGUGCGCUUAUUCUUUUUUUCAUUUCUCCUUCUCCUACAUUCCAUUGCAAUAUUGCUCGAAUAAACACUAUAGCAAUUACAUUCUCUUGUAUAUCUCAAACAUUUGAUAUUCAUGUACACUUCUCCCAUCAUACGGAAUCAAAACUCUUUAACAAAAGAAACAUAUUUACAAAGAUUUAUAAAGUAACUAACUCAUGGGCAA